AUGGCUGCAAAUACCAAGCUAAACGUCCAGUCGUUUCCUCGGCCGCCGCGGCUGGAAAAGAUUGCUCGGCAUCUCCGUAUCACGUACAAGGACACCGAGAUUGCCGAUACGAAAGAUGCGUUUUGGGUGCUGGAAACGCAUCAUCCGCCAACUUACUACCUCCCUCCAUCCAGCAUCAAGGUGCCCCUCAAGCGUACGAACCGCUCCAGCUGGUGCGAGUGGAAAGGCGCAGCAACGUAUUACAGCAUCGCCCUGCCUGACGGCACCGUCUCCAACCGCAUCUGGUCGUACAACAGCCCGACAUCCGGGUUUGAGCCCAUCAGCGGGUACCUGAGUUUCUACGCUGGCCCGUGGGACUGCUUCGUCGAUGGCGAGCGCGUAGAACCUCAGCCGGGCGAUUUCUACGGCGGAUGGGUGACGAGCGAGAUUGAAGGCAUCGUCAAGGGAAAGACCGGCAAUCUGGAUCCCGUCGUCUGA